UUGUGCCUGCAGAUGUUGAAAAUGAAGGUGUCGAAGAUCCUGUAUUGAAGAAUCAGAUGAACAGCAACAGUGAAGGAGAUUCAAACAGAAGGAAAGAAAUGCCUCGUGCCAGUGUCAUGAUAAAGCUUAUUCUCACCAUGGUUUGGAGGAAUCUCAUAAGAAACCCUAAUACCUAUGCAAGUGUUUUGGGUCUUGUUUGGUCUCUCAUAUUUUUUAGGUGGAACAUGAAGAUGCCAUCUAUAAUAAAAGGUUCCAUAGACAUAAUAUCUAAUGCUGGGUUGGGAAUGGCCAUGUUCAGUUUAGGUCUGUUCAUGGGAUUACAACCGAAAAUCAUUACUUGUGGGAAAACCCGAGCUAUGAUUUCAAUGUUAGUUAAGUUCUUGGUUGGUCCAAUGGUGAUUCUUGCAACCUCCAAAGCCAUGGAUAUCAAUGGAGUUCUUCUAAGAGUUGCAGUGAUCCAGGCUUCUCUUCCAGAGGGUAUUGUUCCCUUUAUAUUUGCCAAAGAAUAUAAUCUUCAUGCAGACAUACUCAGCACAGCGGUUAUCUUUGGAAUGGUGGUUGCUUUCCCAGUAACAAUAGUAUACUACGUGAUUCUUGGACUCUAAAACUUUUCUUAGAAAAAUAACUAUGCUUUGAAG